CCGUUUGACAUUUUUGUGUUUUCUGCUGCGGAUAGGAGAUGGCUUUUUCGUGAACAUAACCUGACUCCAGGUUAGAAAGGCAGAGAGAUGGGUAUAGAUAUACAGACAUACCGAGCUCGGAUAGGAACAAACAAAGCUGCGUUUGGUGUGGACUUGAUGACUAGCGUCGUCAAGUUAAACUUUCGCCAAAUGUGUCGUCUGACUGCGCUGCUAGUUUAUCUGCUUGUGAUGAUCAUUGUGGCAUUCGUAAACAUCCAGGAACAUACAAAUGUCAAUAGUGUCAUUACAGAAGAAACCGGAAAUGAUGAAUUUGCUAACUCGGGUACGAACGGGAAUACUGUGUCUCAUUUGCAGGUGAUAGGCGCGGUUUUUGCAACCAUUCUUGCUCUUCGCGUUGUAACAAUGAAAGGCGCUGUCAGAUUCAUAGGUUUGCUGCUUCUUAUGGCCGGAAUCGAAUCUAAUCCAGGCCCUAUUCUACCAUUACCUGCUCCUGAAGAGGCUGCUCCUGAAGAGGAGCCAUGGCCGAGUAUAAGACUAACUGAUGAAAACAUUGAAAAUAUUUCCAAAGCGAUCGAUGUGCAUUGGAAGAAACUAGCGUCCGCGUUGUGUGUAGAAUAUGACGCAACUACUGAUAUAAAGAGAUCAACAACAACAGAAGGGAAUCAUAGUACCAUGGUACUUAUCCAAUGGAAUCAGAUGUCUGAAGGCAAUAGGGUUUUACCAACUCUGAUCGAAAAAUUGCGUUAUUUAGAUAACGGUUCGAACAUCAAUUGGAAUAUGCUUAGAGAAAAAGUGAACGAAAUAAUGUUAUCGGGAUCAGGAAUUAACCAUUCAAACCUUUUCCAAGCAUUGAGUUUGAAUGCUCAAGUCAGUGUGCAAGUGUGCUUUGAAGACGUAUACAGCAUCAAAGUGGACGUUAUAUAUGUAGAUGCCCAUGCAAAACGGCAUCCUUCUGACCCACGCGUUAGGACAAUUCAUAGCCCACAGUGGGCCGAUGUUAAGUGCAGAACAAAGAAAAACAUUGAAGAUUUUAGUCGGCAGCUUCGAAAGAGCAUAUCUACCGAGGUGAUGCACAGUAGGCAAAAGUCGGUGGCGUUUAGUCCUUUCUCAUAUGGAAACUGUCCACCGUUCCUCGCAAUGGUUGAAUUUACAGCUUCAUUGUUAGAUCUUAAGCAUGUUGGGACAGGAAUUCUGAAAUGCAUAUUCGUUGUGUCCCAGGACGACGCACUUGCACUUGACUUACAGCUCUGUUUAGAAUCAAUGCUUAAGAACGGAUCGCCACCUGGGUGGUUCGAUUAUGAGUCUUUUGCAGACAAUGAAAGACAACAGUAUGAGCAACAAUCUGUAAAACCUACUGGGAGGAGCAAACAUGAGAAAAAACAAGAAGCUGUUUGCCAUAUAUUUGAACGUUUGCAUUUAACCGAUCGGCUGGAUCACAAAAUUUCCAUUGAGGAAGCAAUUACAAUUUAUAACUCGAAAAGUGAGUCUGCAACUCUAAAAGAAUCCCCCUGGGUUCUCUUACAGAAGCUUAUGUUUGUUAAUUGGAAUGAAGGGGAAGGAAUACCAAACUCACUUCGUGUUACAACCAAGAUAAACACAUUUUGGGACGACGGAGAUGACCCUAUGGAUGAUGAAAAUACAGACAUUAGUAUAAUAGAUAUUUUCAUGGCAGUUUUUCACUGUACAGACAUAAUGCUUAGACCUCUUUUAUUUCAAAAGAUGCAUCUAUGUAAAAUAGCUUUACCAUUUGUUUACAAACAUUACUUAAAUGGGUCACUUCAAAUCGCGCGUUGGCCAUUGCAAUUACUCCAAGAGCACAGCGAUGAAACGCAGGUAUUAAAUAUAAAUGCGCUUAAUAUGAAAACUAAUGUCAUCACAUUCAUACGACUGGGUAGACCUACAUUUUCCAAGUCACUGCUUUUAAACAGAAUUUUUCAUAAUAGAAGCAACGCGUUUCAUACUUUCUUCAACAAAGACUGUAGGGGUGGCUAUUUAAAGCGCUAUCUUCACGAAGAAACUGUUGAAAUUAGCUGGUUAUCGCCUAAAGGCCCGGACAGCGUUGCAAGAACUUUUUUGAAUGUGCGUGGGGAUUUCGAAACUAUAUGUUUGAAAUCACAAGGAAAAUAUAGUCUUAACGAUUUGAUACCAAAACUUACGGAUGUUUGUGUUGUUAUUGUAGACAUUGGAUAUCUUUAUUCAAAAUCUACAACACUUUUACAAAUACUUCAUUCGUUUCCAUGUCAUUUAUUAUUGUUGUCCGAACAUGCCGAGUUCCAUAAAAAGAAAGAGUUAAAACAUAUUUUAGCAAGCUCUUAUAAUGCAGAAAAAUCAAAACAGGUUAUUUCGACUCAUGUAAGUCACACGGAAAAAGAUGUGCCCCAAUUAAUUCAAGAAAUUGACACGGUUUUUUCACGGGUAUUGCAAGAUUUUGGACAUUCGACAUCAGUUGAAGAACGACUCAACAGUUUUUUUAACGAAUGUAACAACUCUGAGUUUGAGGAGCAUGGCAUACAACUUAAACACGGGAAAAGGAUUGCGCAAGAUAUUUUCAAUUCGAUGAUGAAUGACAUACAAAGGAUCAGAGGACAUUCAUAUGGAGCAAAUAAUAAGGAUCUUUUCAGAAACUGCCUUAUUGAGUUAACACCCGUUUCGUAUAUACAUUCAAAAUCAUUGUAUGAUAUCUAUAAAGAUCUUCGAGCUCCACAUGAAAGCGAAGAUGAAUCAGAACGUAUACAUAAUAAUAUGAUAAGAGCUCGGCAAUUACAACUGUAUUCAAUCACAAAGACAACGAUAGUGUUCGCCAAGUACCUUGUUUACACAAACAACCAGCCCUUAAUACAGAACAUUUUUAUUCAAUGUUUGAAAGUACUUAUAGAUAACGAAAUGUCGGAAUUGUUAUCUAGCAUAAUAAGGGAAAAGAAUAAGGUUUAUGAGAGAAUUUUACUUUCCAAAAACGGAUCAGAAACCAUUGAAAAGAAGCAGUUGAAUGAACGAUUUUUUGCUCUGGAUUGCGAGAUAAGCGCUUCGAGCCUUACAGUUGAUCACCUGUUAAGAGAAGUCAGUCAUGUAUAUGAUUCAAUUAUUUAUCUGAACAAAAGUUGUGAACAAUUUUACAUUCCACAAACACAACGUAUAAUCCGGUCUUUUACUAACUUGAUGGUACGUACAUGGGCAACUGAUAUAGUAACAGAACACUUUUUUAUGCCUAAAAGCUGGACAGGUGAAUUAUUUAAAGCUUUGGAUAGAGAAAUUACCAAAAAAGACUCAAUAACAAUAGUGUCAGUUUUAGGUCUUCAAAGUACAGGAAAAUCAACCCUAUUGAACACCAUGUUUGGACAGCAAUUCAGAGUUCGCGGUGGAAGAUGCACAAAAGGGGUGCAAGCAAGACUUGUUCCUGUCUCAGAUGGUUUCGGUGUACGUCCGUCUAAGUAUAUAUUGGUCUUCGAUUCUGAAGGGCUUCGUGCUCCUGAAUUACAAUGUGCAAUCAAGAAGUACGAUCGUGAUAAUGAGUUAGCAACAUUUGUUUCGGGGUUAGGCAACGUUUCUAUCAUGACAGUGAACGGAGGAAACUCAACCGAAUUAACAGAUAUCAUACAAAUUGUAGUCCAUGCAUCUCUAAGACUGAAGACAGCAAACUCGAGUAUUGCCUUAGGCCAUAAAUGUUUGUUUGUUCAUAACAACGUUGAAGAACAGUCUGAAGAACAAAUGCAGAAAGGGUAUGUAGAAUUUAGAAAAAUAAUGGAUACCGUUGCAACUGAAGCAGCUCAAUCGGAAGGUUUGGGACAUAUUUCAUCUUUUAAUGACAUAAUGCAAUUUGACGAACGUAGACCUAUCAAAACUUUACCGGACAUAUGGCAAGGAGAAUCAGAAAUCCGUAUAUUUAAUUCCAAGUACAGCAAACGUGUGGCUGAAAUCAAAUCCAAUAUAACACUUUCUCUAGGUCAGUUCAAGUACAAAUCCUUCGGAGAUAUAUCCGAGUUUGCAAGUGUCAUUUGGGAUGGUGUUAUAUCAGAAAGCUUUGUAUUUUCGUUUAGAAACAAUCUCGAAAUCAAGUUAUAUUGUCGCAUAGAGAAAGAAAUACAUGAAAUGUUAUGGAAAUCGCAACUCAGAUUGCAAGACGAGUUUAACAAAACAAAAAGAAAAGGCGAGGUCGAGACUGAUACAAAAAUGCAGGGAACAAAAGCAGAAUUAAAGCAAUCGUUAGAGUUAUACAUAAAUUCACUUUGCUCCGAAGCUAAAGCGUUUACUAUAAAAGUAUUGAAAAACUGUCCGUAUCCCAAUAUUGCUAUACAGUGGGAAUCAAGAUAUAUAAAAAAUGUUGAUUUUUUUUAUGAAGAACUGAGAAGGUUUAUCAAUCAGGAUGUCGAAAGAUAUUUUUAUCAUAUAAAGUUAGAGGCAGAAACAGCUUCUGUUGGUAAGAAACAUCGCGAUGUUUUGAAAGAUACAUCUAUUAGAAUAGCCCAGACUAUGCAAGGAAAAAAACAAGAUGAAUAUGAUCAAGAAUUUGAUAAACUUUGGAAUACCUACGAAAAGGAUUUUCGUCAAGAAAGAGAAAAAACUCUCCCAGUGUUAAAUGUGCGUCAGCAUUUUCGAUCCAUAAUGAUCAAGAAUUAUAGCUCUGGUGCGUUGCUAGCAGACGCGUUAAGUGGUUUUGAAAGAAAGACUGAUAUGCAUAGCUCAACAGGUUUUGUUGUGCCUGCUGAUGGCAACAUAUCAAUGGACAAUUUUAGUAUAGACCGUAUUAAUUCGCCUUGGCUUAUAGUUCAAAAUGUUCCAAAGUCGAUUAUCAAGCCUGAAUUGCAAGAAUAUUCGGGAAAUGUUGUACUGCUUUUACGCAAAUCGUAUCAAACCGAAGGACUAAUCAAUGAGACCGACAUACAAUGGGUUUUUGAAGAAAUUCUUUCAAAAUCUAAAGAUGUCGAUAAAAGAUUGAGAAAUAAGGGAGUCACGUUGAAAGCGUCAUUCGUAACAGAAAUUGUUGUGCAGACUUUACAAUAUGCAAGUUACAUGAUAGAUUGUCAUAAUGAUACAUACGAAAACGAACACGGGUUUUCUGCAUCGCUUAAACGUUUUCGAGGGGAAAUGUACGAUUUGUUCGUGUGUGAAAUUACACAAAGAAGAUUAGAGGAAAGAGCUGCCAGACAAUUCUGUCACGGCAUCGAAAAUGCAGUAACGGACAUAAUCAAAGAAAAUCUUACUAUCCGGACUAAAGAAGUACUUUUACAAGAGUUACCAAAUAUCAAGUUCAAUUUAAUCAAAACAGUGUCUUGUUCUCUUUUGAAAGCCAAUUGUUUUCAAGAUUUUAUCGAGUACAUAAAAGACCCUCGAGAUUUCUGUUGUUCCUGGUUUAUACAUGAGUGUAAUGAGGCUCUGCAUUCAAACGGUAAAUACAUGCAGCUUUUAGAACAAGAAAUAACAAAACAUCAGAGAGAGAUUCAGAAAGCCAUAUUCCAAACUGAUGUAGUCUUGGCAGUCAACGUGUCAACUUGGUUUCGCCGAUUUGCUGAACAUCUGACAUUAUCUACGUUCAGCGAAUAUCAUUUUAGAACAUUUUUGGAAAUCGAUAAAUUGGAAGACUUCAAAUACUUUUUUUCUUUCCUAAUUGAUAAAACGCUUUCUGAAACUUUUGAGCGUAUUGAAAAUAGUUUAAGGAACGUUGAUGCCAGACAAAAUACAUUCACUGUUUUGUAUGAAAGUAUAUUCGACAUAUGUUGGGGUUGUUCAGAGGUGUGUCCUUUUUGUCAUGAGCCAUGUAUGAAAUCAAAGGACCAUGAAGAAAAACACCAGUGCUUACAACAUCGCCCGACAGGUGGAAAGGGUACAAGAUGGGUUUCAUCCAAAGAAAUGGUUCUGAGUACAUGCAAUUUCCUUGUUAAUUCCAUGGAAAGGCGAUAUCUUUGUUCUGUUAUUGGAAAUAAAUGUUGCUGUGAAAAACCAUUAACAGAAAACGAUGAAGGCCAUCUAUAUAGAGAAUACAGAGAAUUUUUUAAUGAUUGGGAGAUUAUGCCAUCAUCAGACCCUCAUGGUUGUUGUAAAUACUGGUUAUGGUUUGUUGGAAAAUACGUUGAGAACUUGAAAAAACAUUACGAAUACAAAAUAUCAGAAAUACCAGAUUCUUGGGGCCAAAUAUCAGAUGAGGACGCGCAAAAAAGUCUGGAUACAUACUUUGCUGUCAUCUGAUAAUACUUAUACCAGUUCAAACAAAGGUAUCAUUACCGCAAAUGAUGAAGUUUUUACUUGUAAACUGUUAUUGAAAUAAAACACGCCGUGCCGAUUCCAUGUAAUCCAUUAUUCCACAAAAGAAUUUUAAACCCAAUAUCAAUGAAUCAAUAAAUAAAAUAUAUUAACUGUUUUUUAUCAAGUUGUUGAAACUUUUUUUGUUGUAUCCAUGAAUUUCUUUUCUUAUUUGUUUAUAUACUGUUCUCAUUUCAUUGAAGGAUCUUAAAAAAAUCGUAAUACAGACUAAAUUCCAAUUUACACAUAUAUGUUGUAGAAUAACACAAUUAUGACAUUAAGCCUAAGGUUUUUUACCUUAUGUCAAAAUCGUUAAAGUGACACUCAUUUUCAAAAUCAAUAUAAAAAUAUAUAUAGUUUUUUCAGUGAUAAACCUUUAACUACUUACUAAAUAAAGCAUUUUAUGGAAAAAAUAAUAAUAUUGAUAAUAUUAAUACUGAUAACCAGAUUGUAACCGUGUACUUUAUAGCUGAAAACGCAAACGCCGAAUAAGAAAAAGAUUGGUGAGUGCUAAAAGAUUUACUGUGAUCUACCAUCAUUUCAACGGUAGAAUUACCGUGUAUUCUGCACAUAUCUUUCAAAUUAAACUCGGUUGUAUUCAUAAGAACCAUUGUUUGCGACAUUUAUUCAUCCUUUUCAGUAGAAUAAAACAAUUGUAAUAAUUGCGGUUAACUUUAUUUGUGAGUAAGAGUACAUUUUUAAUGAAAAAAGACCCAGACGAAUAUAGUUUAGUGGCGUCCGUUUCCGGAGAGCGGGUUCGGAUUUAGUUUGCUUUGUUUUAUUCUGAUUGUUUGUUAAAUAAACGAUCACAUUCUUUCAUUUAAUAAACGUGUUAAAGGCUUAGAUUUUAGUUCUUAAUAAUGUCAUUUUUUUAAAGCAUCAACCAUUGACGUAUAUAGAAUUGACCCGUUCAUCAAAAUAUAACUUUGUGCUAAGUUUCAUGACCAUAUAUUGGGUUUUGUCAGCAAGGGGAUUUCUUCCUUUAAAUGACAAGUCAAGAUUGCCUACUUCGUGCACUCGUUCAUUAUAAUGAUUUAUGAUUGAUAAUUUUAUAUUUACAUUAUCCUCGUUUGGAUUUGAUUAAAUGUAUAACAAAUGAAUAAUUGUCAUUGCAUUUGUCCCCUUUUUAUAUGACUAUGUGUGUUUAUUUGAUAGCAAUGUCUUUUCCUGACAGUGUCGUUUUGUUUUUAAUUCAGAAACAGGCUUCUUUUCUAGCGCAAUUAUGCACUUUUUCUAAAUAUGUAAAUGAUAACGUUCACACCUGUUAUAGCUAAAAUGUCAAUUGAAAGCUUAAUAGCUGAGAUGUUUAUUGAUCUGAUCUUAACAAUUAUUGCUUUUAUUGAAAAACAACGGUAAUUGGUUCUUAGUGAGAAUUCAAUGAGUAAAAUUGUUGUUGUCAACAUGAACGUUUUAAGCCUUAAGUUGGCCGACUUUUGCAUUUCUUGUUUAUUUGAAGGCACUACAGGUCAAUGUUUGUUUCCUUAGCAGUUUAUGUUGUCUAGCAGGAAUCCUAUGUAUAUGUUGUUAUUAAAUGAUGUUUUACAAGUUAUUAUUAUCUUUAUUAUUGCUUUGUAAACGUCUAUGAAAAUCGUGUAAGCAGUUUCAGACAAUGAUUGCUUACAAAGUUGUUACAUUGUACAUGGUUUAUAUCAAUAUAUGAUAAUUGAGGAUGAAUUUGAGUCAUUUUGCAAAAACACACACAUUUAAACACUGUCCAUAAUGGAAGAAAAUCAGUGCCAAAGAUGUUUUCUUUUGUGUCUGCCAAAUUUUGACAUUUAUGUGGAAAUUAUUUUUAAUCAAUUAGCACUAUAAAGGUUAUGGAUUGUCAGAACAAAUUAUGUCUUAUGAUACAUGACGACUUGCUGUUUAAUAUAGUACAUUUAAAGAGAUUUUUAUCAAAUCUUUAUAAACAAUAUUUUUUUUAAUUUUAUGGGUAGAAUAAAAACAUUAUAUUUAGAAACAGCUUCAGAAAUUAACAUUUGUUUGGAAACUCACAUUUAACAAUGAAAUUGAAGUAUUUUAACUAAAUUUAGGGUUGAGAUGCUAAAGAUUUAAAAAAGCAGAUGUUUGCUAUGAGAACAACCCUUUUUAAUUUUGUCACUGAAUCUCAAGACAGGUUCUUUGAUACUUUGACUUAUAUAGAUUUUUGGAAGAAAUUUUCUUGGAUUUUAAGUCAUCUAAGCUUUAAGUUUUGUCUUUGAUAUCUUAGAUUGAAUCUUGUUUCUUAGUCUUACUUUAAUGUUACAUUAAGACGUUUUUCAGUGUUUUAUUCCUAGGGCUUCUUAUUUAUUCGGAAUUUGUGUGAUAAUCGAACUUAUUUGCUUGUAGAAAUUAUCUGUGAAUCAAACUCAAACGUUUCGCAUAUAUGUAUAUGGGGGGGGGGAGAGAUGCGCGUGCGUGUGCGUUUAUUCAAUUAAGCUGUUGUAAAAAUUCGCGUUUUCGAUUAAAGAAAAAUGUUUAUGCGCAAGUGUGAUAUUUUAAUUAUAUACAAUUCACAUAUACAUAUAUACCGUGUGUUUGUAAGAUAAGCAUUAUUUUUCUUCGUUUCGUCUGUAAGUUCAAUGCCCUUAUCUGCAUAAUUAGAAGUAGCUAUUAGUUAUAUGAAACAUCUAAGCAAAACGAUAUAUGUAUAGAAAUCACAACUUUUACAUAAAAUGAAAAAAAGUUAGUACCUAGUACCUAAAUUGAUUUGAAUAAUUAUUUGUGUGUUUUUUUAUUGUAUACAGAUCAUUAUGAAUAAGCUUGAUACUAAACCUAUUUUUAUAGUUGCCGCAAUGAAGUAUAUGUAUUGCGUAUUUAUUCUCAUUUGCCUUGUAUAUUGUAUGAGUGAAUAAACGGUGUUUGAUUUUG